AUGGCACAGAACAUUCCCGGCGCCGAAAAGGCCCUGACCGAUGUAACGGCCCAAUUGGCCGGAACACCCUACGAGGUCCUCUCUCUGCGAGCUCUAAGCGGUGGCACUGCCAACUUCAUCUUCCACGGCGUCCUCAAGACGCCGCUUCCAGACGGGACGAAAGAAGUUGUCGUGAAACAUGGAGAAGGCUUCGUAGCAAGCAAUCCAGAUUUUGCCAUCUCGACGGCUCGCUGUGAAAUCGAAGUGGGCAUCCUCGAACAUCUUGGGGCUCUCCCACCAUCGCAAAGUGGAGAUUGGACUGUUAGGACACCAAAAGCCAUACACUUUGACCCGGUGCUGUACAACCAAGUUCAAGAGUACAAGCCUGCCGCCAUGAGCUUAAAGGACUAUGCUCUCAAGCACUUCGGUUCCUGCUCUCCCGCGCUCGAGACAUCUUGCGUCGGCCUUGGAGUCGCUCUGGGAAAGUGGCUACGGACCUUCCACGACUGGGUCAACGAUGAGAAACAGAAUUCUCUGAGGCAACUGGCGGAAAAGAACAAGGAACUCCAGGGGAUCAAGCAGUACAUCAACUACGGAGGCCUUUCGGGAAGGAUAGAGAGCUUCCCCUCGAUAUUGGAAGAAAGCAGGGCACUUCUAGAGGAAGUUGGCCAAGUAACUGGUCAAGAGAUUGCCGAUAGUUCCAAAUUAAGCAUUGUCCAUGGAGACUUUUGGACGGGAAACGUUCUACUCUCGGAGGCGCCAACCACUACGGAGGCAAUACAGAAGGAAGUGUUCAUUGUAGACUGGGAGAUGCUCCAGCUUGGUGUAAUACCCGUCGAUAUUGGCCAGAUGGUAGCAGAGUUAUAUGAGCUCAAGCUUUACAAGGAUAUCGAUGCCGGACUAUGGAUAAUUAGAGGAUUCUGCUCAGGGUAUGGGUCGGUGGAGAAGGACUUUGGGUUUAGGGCUCUGGUUCACGUCGGGGCUCAUCUCCUCUGCUUCGGUACUACAAUCGCCGGCUGGGGCACCCCGGAGCAGGUCGAGGAAGUUGCGCGGGAAGGAAGGGAUAUCCUUACAGCAGCCUGGAAAAAGGACGAGGCUUUCUUCAAGGACCAUAACCUCAGCUGUCUUUUGGGGAGCUGA